CUGCUCCCUCCCUGAGCCUGCUUCCCUUCUACAAUGAAGACUUACUCUGCCCUGUGGAGCUUUCCUUCCCUCGCUCCCCCAUCCCAACCCACCGUGCUGGCUUAGUGCCCAUGGUGUGUGUGGGGGGAGGCGGCGGACUCAAGGCCCUGCCUAGGGUACCUUCUCUGGAGAGGGACACAGGCUUCCCAAGUCCUCUGGGCCCCUCCUGAUCCUUGACCCUGGAGGCUAAAGAGCUAUAUAUAGGUCCAGGGAUACUUGCCAGGAAGAUACCAGGGCGGCUUUAAGGGAGCAGUUCGAGCACAGACUGGAAAGCUGUACCCCAGGAACAAGGAACAGACAGCCUACUUCAUAUGGGACCAGUUAGGGGUGAGCAUUGGGCUCUCAACAUGUGGGUCGAACCCCUGAUACAGCUGUCCCCCCCAGCAGCCCUUACUGUAGUCAAGGUUACCAGCUUGUGCAUAUCUCCAUAAGGAAGGAGUUGGGCCUUUCUAGACAGGAGCAUUGUUCUUUCCAGACCUGGGAUGGUUUGCUUGGCUCUGAAGGCCAGGGCUGGAGUUCGGGGAACUGGGCAUCAUCCCAGACACUGCUAGGCUUGCAUCUGCUCUUGCCUCAGAUCUUGCCCUGCUGGUGGUAAUCUGACGACUUCCAGCGCUCAUUUGGUAAAUAUUUCUCAGGUGCCCCAGGCCCUGGGGACACAAAGUAGGCAAGUCCUUGCUCCUGGGAGCAAGGCUCAGCCAUCUAUUAAUGACAGGAAGACAAAGGUGGGCUAGCCCCUGGGCUCCCUAGCCGGCCAUGUUCUCCCCUCUAGCAGCCCCAGGACACCCCAAGUGAGCAGUAGUGCACCUGCCCUUGCUGUCCACCCAGAUGCCCUAUGGACAGGUGGUCCCCUGCAUAUGAAGAUGGUUUACACUCGGGAGCCUCCUGCCAUUCAUGACAGUGUCCUGGGAAAGAAUUCUGGGGUGAGGGAAGUGAGCAGAGGGCAGAACUCAGGAGUCUUCCCAGAGAGGAGACACAGGGCAGACAGAAGGUGGUUUGCCCUGGCUGUCCUGGUCGGAAGGAAAGAUGGAGGUGGCUGAGGAGGGCAACAGGGGUGGUGGUGGGGAGGUAGAAGGCUACAAAGGAGCCAGGGAGGGGUCUUGGAUGGGGAGGAGGCACAGGGCAGCAGGAGCAGGAGGGCCCUGGAAGGCAGGGGUUGCAAGUGGGAUGUUCUCCACUCUGAGCUGUCUGCUCCUCCAAGCUUUGCGUGGUGCUAUGUGUUGUCACCUGCCCCCUCCCUCCAAUCCUGGUCUUGUGAAGGCCAUGGUCAGUUUCAGAAGACUACACAGGAUCCCAGAUCCGCUUCAGUCCCAGGAUGACAGGACAGUUUCGUUUCUGUUGCUGUAAAUCUAGGGUGGCACACUGGGCAUUGGUUGGAGGCUCCAUCAAUCACAUCAAAGGUGGGAGGAGCUGCCCGGCCUUCAUUUCAGCAUACUCUUGAAAGGAGAAUGGAGUGAAAUGCCUACAACAGCCUCCAAAACCUAAAAAAGAGCCACUUCAUGGGGCCCUGUGUCACCAUGGGGCUAUCUCCUGAGGACAAGUCCCCUCUGUGAAGUUUCAGCAGACCCGGGAAGGCCUGGUCCACCAAUGGCCCUGCUUGGGCCAAGCCUGGAGACCCAGUCUGUCCUUGCUCUGUUCCCCAAAUCUUCUCAGUGUCCUGCGCUGCAGAAAAGACAGCCCAGGGAACAAGAUGAGAUGGCUCUGCACCUCCUUCAGGAAGCUCAGUUAGGAACCACCUACACCAAGUUUGCACUGCUCUUGGGUCAACGGCCUGUGACCAGGGAGAGCACGGGCACCUACCUCUCACAGCCUCGAGCAGGAUCCUACCCAGGUUCCUGCUCCGUAGCACCUUGCAACUAUGGGACCCCAUUUCCUUAGGGACCCGCCCCCCCAGCUCCAUUCCCAUGGGACCUCGCUCCCAUGGGUCUCUACUAUAGGGUCCUGCUCUCAGAGAAGGAGACUCCAAAAGGUCCUGUCCCCACUGUACCUGCUCUCAUAAGAGCCCCGCUCCCACAUGGUCUUUCUCCCAGCUCCUCUCCUCUGCACGGAAGGUCCCUUUGGAAUACCCCCAGCACAUCCUACCUGGCCCAGGCAUUCCGAGGCCUUUCCCUCUCCCUCUGACUAGCUCUGUGUUCCAACAGUGAACAGUGUUUAUGCUACACUGGUUUUAGCACAUGAGGGGGCUAUGGAGCUGCUUGGGGGCUCUCGGGCCAGACCAUGGGUAAGAAGCUGUGGAAACCAGGACCAGACAUGACCCCUGCCUAGAACAAGGUGUCCUUUGGCAUGAAGAACAGAUAGGGUGGACGUGGGCGGGCUUCUGACCCACUUGUGGGGACACUGAGAGCAGGUGUCUGGAAUCACGAGAUGGCCCCAGCUGGACCCAGCAGGCUUUCUUUUCCUUGGCUGGGACCCAGGAGACUUUGGCAGGUGUUUAGGGUCUGAGGACCACAAUACCCUGGAUCAGCCCCGCCCUCCCUCCACACCCACCUGGCCCUGCCGCACUUCCCGGGGAGGAGCAUUGGCCAGGUGGGCAUGAAGAAACGGGUUUCUGUGCAGGUUUCAUCCAUAUCAUUCCUCAGUCAGGCCUUGUCCCCCUGGAGACUGGUCACUGCUGGGAUGGGCCCUUGGUGGGCUCUGUGGCUGACCCUCGCCCUUCCCCAAAUCCUGGAGGGCCAGAGUCCAAGCAAGCUUCAAGGCUUUCCCGAGCUGACUAGCUUCCACAAUGACCAGUUUCAGGGGGAAUGGUUUGUCCUCGGUUUGGCGGGCAACACCUACAAGAGAGAGCACCGGACCCUGCUCAGUCCCUACAUCGCACUAUUCGAGCUGAAAGAGAACAGCCGUUUUCAGGUGACCAACACCAUGACUCGGGGCAAGCGCUGUGACACCUGGUCCUAUGCUCUGAUCCCAACAACCAAGCCUGGGCAGUUCACCAUGGAAAACAAGGGGUCAGGGACUGGAGCAGACCGAGAAGACAUACAGGUCAUCGAGACAGACUACACCAACUUUGCCCUGGUGCUGUCCCUCAGACAAACAAGCAGCCUGACCAUCAUCAGGGUCAACCUUCUGGGUAGAAAAUGGAGGCUUCCGCAUAAGAUGAUAGACAAGUUUGUCUGCCUGACCAGAGCCCAGAACCUCACAAAGAAUAACUUCAUCUUCCCUGAUGUGGCUGGUAAUGGGUUUGCAGGCAGUGGAUGAUGGGAAGGGGCAU